ACAGAACAGUCUUCGUCUGUCUUGCCCGGUAGUAUGAUGUGCGAUUAAUCGAUUUAAUCGACACACAGUUAACACGUUUUUUAUUUAAACAUAUUUAUUAGUAUUGCUUUAUUUUAAGUGAAGUGAUAUUAUUUAUAACUUUAAUUAUCUUCAAUCAAGAUGUUUGCCAAGAGUGUUAUUGUAGCGGUAUUCUUAUUAGGGGCGGCCUAUGCUCAGUUGGAUGCAGACCAAGAACAAGCAGUGAACACCGCCUUAGAAAAUCUGCCUCCCGAACUCCAGGGCAAGGUAGACAAGACACAAAUUGAAGAGAUCAAGAAUAAGUCUGCAGCAGCCUUUAAGGACAAGUGUGCUAAGAAUGGAGGACCUGAUGCUUUUGGAAAUGCUGAGAAAGCGUUCAUAAACUUCAAAUCAUGCAUGGAGGGUCUCGUGGUGACCAGCGAGCUGGAAAAGGAAAUAGAGGCUGCUAAACCCAACGGAAAAAUGGACGAGGUGUUUAAGAAAUAUUGUGCCAAAAAGCCCCAGUUCAAGAACUGCUUCAAAGAGGCGGUGGAGGCGGCCAGGCCGUGUUUCUCUGCCGACGAGCAAAAGAACCUGAAGAUAGUGUACAACGUCACCGAACAGCUGGCAGAGUUUGUCUGCUUUAAGGACGGCGAUAGAAUUGCGCUGUUCAUCGCGGAGGGCGGCAUCGAUUGCAUGCAAGCACAGCAGGAGGCUCUUCAGAACUGCACCACAGAGACACUCGGCUCAAACGUGCAGCUCAACGCCAACAUCUCUGCUGAUUCCAUCCCUGAGAUCAAAUUCACUAACAAGGAAUGCGGCCAACUAACCGAGCUGCAGCACUGCGUAGUACAAAAACUGGAGACAUGCGAGCAACCAACCACGGCCAACAUCGUCGAGUCGCUGUUCAAGUUCAUCCGCAAAGCCACGCCUUGCAAGGACUUUACUGACCAACAAGCAACCCCAAAAGCAAGCAGUGGUACCGUUGAUGCUGCUGCUGAGAAAAACAAACCUGGUUCGGCCAGCGGGCUCGCUGUGACGUCACUCAGUCUUGUAAUGGCAGCAGCUACUAUUCUUGUCUAAACGACUACUGGGAUCCCUCAAUAUUUUAGUAUACUAGGCUUGUGGGAAAGAAGAAAACAAGUAGGUGUUAAAGGCGCGCUUAAACUAGGGUUGCCAUACAUCCUCAAGGUCGAUCAGAAAGAGAAUUGUCCAAAAUCUUAUCCCGAUUGACGUGUAUAUACUUAUGGCAACCCUAACUUAAACGGACCGCAUUCUCACGAUUCGUGUUACAAGAAAAUUAGUCAGAAAUAGCCGUGAAAUGUGGGUACACAUUGAGCUUCCAUUGCUUAUAGAACAACGAAAUACAUAUCGUUAUAAAAUUUAGCAACUGUGCCAAUUGCAGACCCCUGCACCGAUCACCGAUAUAGUGUUGACUACUUUUAAAGUGCUGCAUUGGUGAAGUGUGGCAUUCUGUAUCUAAAGGGUCCUUAUAAAAAACAAUUACUGGAUUUUUUGAUGAAAAGAAAAGUCCCUUUUUAGGACUCUUUAGACAUAUAAAGCCACAAAUAUAGUUUAGUAAGUGCAAAUGAAGAAUACAAAUCUUCGCGCUGGCAGCCAAUUGAAUUCCUACAUUUAGAACUAGAGCAUACGUGAAACGUAUAGAGAGCUUUUUGCCUCAAUUGUUGCAAUAGUUUUGGAAGUAAUGUACCGAUAGCUAUAAUUUAGGGGUUAAACCGAGCUUAAAGUAUAGUUUGUACGCAGUAGUCUAAAGCUUAAGUGACAGCUACUGUUUUUAAAAUAGAUGUUGUAGAAAGGACCUGAGUGUCCUGAGAACAUUUUGUACAGAUCAGUGGUAUUCAACCUUUUUCUAUAAGGGCUACAAGGCUCUGUAGAUCCGGUGCCAAAGAUUAAUUUCAUAUGGCACAGGUCCCAUCAAAAGCGAGUGAGCAAUGAGCUAUCGGCGAUAGAAACGAACAAAAUAUUGUCGCUCCCGUGUGUAUAAAAGAGACGGAUAGCGCGAGCGAGUUAUAGUUCGUUGCCGAGCAGGUUGAGUACCGCUGGUACAGUCGAGUCCAUUAAUAUCUGUACAUUUCUUCACCUUAACUCGUAGUAAUAAGGUGAAAAAAUGUACACAUAUUUAUGAACUCGACUGUACAAACCAAAUUCAUGAUUACAUCGAAUGAUUUCUUAUAUAAAUGCCAAAAAUGAAGUUAAGACUACUUCGGUUGUGAGUGUUGUGACAAAAAUGUGUACAUUCCAUUUUUUGUCUUAUUUUUUUUUGGUUUGUGGCAACUUUGACAAAAUGUCAACAACAAAUAAAAUGUCUUUUAUGUCCAAUAUAAACGUCCAAUCAAUAAUAUAUUACAUGUCUAUUAAUGUUAUACAAUGUAUACUUAAAUGUCCGUACUGAAAAAACGGCACACGUGGCUCGAUUUUAAAUAUUUAUUGUUAUAAUUUUUUUUAUUUUUAACAAGCAGAAACGUCUGCUAACGAUUCUAAACAUUUUUAUAUUAAAGAAAAAAAUUAAAUUGGUUAAGAGCAUUGCACGGAUUGCAAAAAAGGAUGCGGGUUUAAGUCCCGCCGGAAGCGUAAAUUUUUCCAUUUUUUCCUUUAAUAUAAAAAUAUUUAUUUUUAUAUUUAAUUGUUGAAAAUAGUCGUUAAGGGAUAUGUUUAUUUUUUGAAUUAUUUACAUUCCUUUUUUUACAUUCAAUGUUGCGUCAAUUUGUUACAAUAUACAUAAUUUUUAUUGUUAUUUUAAGCAUUUUGCUCAAUUAGUUGCUCUAAGAAAUUAAUUUAAACCUUUGGUGAUUUUAUUACAAUGACAUAUUAA